GUAAUAUUGUGCGCGUUUACUCAUGUUGUGUUAGCCGCGUGGUUGUUUUGUUAUCUUAAAAUUCUUCUUUAGUUCGAGUUGGUCUGUGAAGGAUUCAUGCAAGGCUAUAUCGAUUGCCACUGUCACAUCUCUUCCAGAGAUUUUGAUGGUGACAUUGAUUGUGUAAUUGAGCAAUCAAAAAAGGCAGGAGUUCAGGCUCUUGUUGCAGUAGCAGAGCAUGCUGGGGAGUUUGAGAAAGUCAUACAGCUUUCACAGAGGUUUUCUGGAUUUAUCUUUCCUUGCCUUGGUGUUCACCCUGUCCAAGAAGAUUCAGCACAACCCAGAGGGGCAUCCCCAGAGGAUUUAGAUUCUGCCAUGCCUUUAAUUGAAAAAUAUAAAGAGCACAUUGUGGCCAUUGGUGAGGUUGGGCUUGAUUUCACACCCCGGAUAGUAAAUACUGAGACAGGCAAAGAACUACAGAGACAAGUACUCAUUCGUCAAGUAGAGAUUGCAAAGCAACUUAAUCUACCUCUAAAUGUCCACUCGAGAUCUGCCGGAAGACCAACCAUCCACCUUUUAAAGGAGUUAGGUGUGGAGAAUGCUCUUCUUCAUGCAUUUGAUGGAAAACCCUCUGUUGCAAUGGAGGGUGUGCGUGCAGGUUACUUCUUUUCUAUACCCCCAUCAAUUGUAAGAAGUGAACAGAAGCAGAAACUUGUGAAACAGUUGCCCCUAGAAAACUUGUGUUUGGAGACUGAUUCACCAGCCCUUGGACCUGAAAAGCAGGUGAGAAAUGAACCAAGGAAUAUCUCUAUCAGUGCAGAAUAUAUUGCCAAAACCAAAGGCAUUCCCGUGGAAAAGGUCAUCGAAGUCACCACACUCAAUGCUUUUCGUCUUUUCCCCAAGUUGAAGACACUUAUCAGAAAUUUAUGAAAGCAACGUAGGCCUUUACACAUGAUCAAGAUUUAUACAAUGCACUCUAUGUAAAUAAGCAAUAACACUUAUUUUAGUGCAUUAAAUUUUACAUUAAACAUUGACAAAAGAAGUUAUACAGUGUUGGAUUUUAUGCUUCCCAUAGCCAUAUCCUGCUAUUUAUCUGUAUUGAUUGUUUCAAGGUAAAGUAUGCCAAUUUUAUUGUAAAUAAAUAAGAACAUAAUUGUG